GUGAACAUAUUCGCUCCUGCUACAGCGUUUUUUCCUGAAGCCUAACGUUCGUUCUACUUUCGGCCACUUUCAGUCCUACUACCAAAGCAACACACUCAUUAUUGCGCGAUGGACCGCGACUAGAUGCAAAGAUUAUUAAGUCUACCUUUGAAUAAGUCGAGCCCUGACACAUAUCCACCCCUAAGAACGAUUCGACUUGGAAGUGGAAACCCGCAUUUCUCGCUUGAAGAAUGAGUCGCGCAGCGUCCGGGUCGUUCUUGUCGCGACGCAACAGUACUACGGGUCUGCAGGGUAUUCCCGAGUGGCGGCGGUCGGACUCGUCCGAUGUGGAGGACGACUGGCAGCAGUACGAAGUCAUCAAGUUGAACACCAGGCAGCUGCGGUUCACGCAGGACUCCAUCAGCGAGGAAUUUCGGAAGCACGCCCGGCACGGCACAGUGGAGAACACAGUGCAAAACCUGAUCACCGAGCUACUCGCAUGCAGCGACGAGGACCCGGAGUGCAUUUUGAAGAGCAACAUCCUCCAAGUCGCCGAGCACCCCAAUGACCGUGAGGGGAGGCAGAGUGAGGACGAAAAGGUGUACUACGCGAUAUCCAACCGCCGCGCGUACGCCUACAUGGUCGCGAGACCGAACAAAAUCGUGAAGGCCAGGAAGCUGACCGACACGCGGAAGCUGCAGACGCACUUUGCGCAGCGGUUCUCGAACAUAACGGACGGGCGGUAUGUAACUAUCACCCCGCGCGGCCACAAGCAGAACCUCCAGGAACGCCUGCAGGGCAAGGGGGACACCGUAUUUGAGCGCAACGUACCGCUGCACCCCAGGGACUACGGGGAAGUGCGGGCGGAACGCGCAGCUCUGUUGAAGAAAUAUCACUUGUCCGAGUUGAAUAUCCGCGAUCCCUAUCCCAACAACCAAGUGUUUUGCACGAACAGCAUAAACGAGGAGGAGGAGAGCGCAGGUUCGUCAAGUGGCAGACGAGCCGAAAAGUCAGCGCGGGUUGGCGAUAUGAUAGUGCAAGUCGUAGGGCGGACGGACCAAGAGGUGAGUGUAUGUGCGUCUUACCUCUUUGACAAAUACACGACGCCGCGGCUGGCCAUUUCGCAAGUGUUUGUCUCUGCCCCGCAGUCUCUGGUGUCUGGAACUUCCACUCCAAACAAGAUUCGCGCUCGGGAGUUGGAGAGACAGUUGCUGACGCAGACGCCAGUAAGACUACAUACCGCAUUUUCAAGCGAGAUGGACGACGACCAACGGCCGCGGGAGGCGUUUGGGUUCCAGCUGCCGGAAGACGUGCAGACGGGUAACUGUGCGUCCGAUCUUGAGAAGAAGUCGGAUUGGCGCCCGAACCCGUUUGCGACCUCUGUGUUUUUUCCGUUGAACAAUAGUUCCUGCGACGACAGUACCACGCACGGCACAGGGACAAGCUCCACCGUGGAUGAGGAGAGCCUCGGUUUUGAGGUUGCUGCUGGGUAUGGCAACGAAGAACCUGCUUACGACUACGGUGUCGCGCACGCAGAAUGGAGCUGCAACAGCAGCACGCCAGAGAUCGAAGGCAGCAGCCUCACUCUAGCAGUAGGGGCAAAUGACCCCCACGGCAACAAUUUCGAACAACAUGAUCAGAGCGGGGGCGAACAUAGUGAGGUAGUUGUCGGGGCACAAUUCUUCGCAUCUGCUGCGGAGCAAGAUAACUACGGCGUUCCCAACGAGAGGAGCUCGUCGGCAGCAGGAGUUUUUGACGAAUCCUAUUCCUACCAAUCCAUUCCUUCGCACGUCGAAACUAAUGGCUACUACAACACGACGGAAGUAGAUGGCCACGAUAUAAUAAGCUCCGCUGUUGGAGGAGCUGAAACCGCAAGCAGUAGCGCUCAAGUCCUAAACGCGAACGCGCCACCCUGGGCCCCCGAUGGCAGCAGGGGCUUGGCACAGUUUACUGAACACGACAGUGGAGAGAGGUCUCCAGCGCAGUCGCUUGGCAACAGGCUGAGCAUCAUCAUGGUUCAUUCAGUGAACAGAUAGCGACUAGUGCAAAUGUGGAACAGCAGAAAUUUGAUUACGGCUCUUUCGCAUGACGGGACGACAAAAUGGUGGAGGUAAAACCUUUUCAAU